AUGGAGUCAUCGCUCGGUGCUUACUGUAUGAAGGAAGCAAUCAGACAAAGACAGAAUGGGUAUGUGGUGCCAACAUCAGUUGACUCAUACGACUUUCACCAUUGGGAGCAAGAGGCCCGGCGGCGAUGUGGCCUCAUUGGAAGCCAGGGGAAUCAAUCUGCAUUUUUAAGGAAGAUCGACUGCGACGCUAACUUACUGGUGGACGAAGUGGCGAAAUGCGGGAGGACGGGAGCCAGUCGCAACGUGCCCCACUCAUUUGGAACGGAGCACGAGUUGACGGCGUUUCUUUCUUCUUUAGAGGUACUGUUGCGUGUGUUCUUCCUUGACAGUUCAAACGAAGCACUACUUGUCACCCUCCAGAAGUUCCGUGAGAAUUUCACGGAUCUGCAGAAGAAGAAGGUCAUUGGUCUUGAGUAUGGAAAAUACCCGGAGAUCUACGUCUUGUACGAGCUGUUCUCACUUCGAAAGUUACUCUUGAACUGGAAGGGAAUGACCCCGGAGAACCAAAAGGUGAUUACGAGGACAGCAAUGAGCUAUAUGGCGUACGUAAGGUCACCCGAAUACGCAAUUCUCGGAGAUUUGCUGGGCAUGGCUGAGAAGAAUUUGAGUUCCGUUGCGGUCAAUACAAUUAAAAUGGUGAAGUGUUUGGAUCAGGCCUGCGGAAGUACGCCCUAUGCGUUCCCGCAUAUCUGCCAAUUCGUUCUGUCGUCGGUCUGUCCUCGCCACUCGUGCCCCUCUGGGACGUUGACUCUCAAGGGUAGUGCCACCCAGAAAGGUGAAACCACAGGCGUUGACACUGCCGCUACAGCCGAUGUCGCGAAUCCCAUGGCUACAGAGCCUUCCCACACCCGGAAGCGAGCAAGGAAUGCUGAUGACGUAACAAAAGGGGAAACGUCCACUGAAACUGAUGACCAGGUGGCGGCUGAAAAAAGGCAGCAGUGCGUCUCCAAAUACCAUUCUCGCUACUCUGCGGCAAGAAGGUUUGCAAGUAAAGGCUGCCGCUUUUGCGGUUUGUGCCACAUGAUGGAGAUACUUUUCAAUGGAUGCAGCCUUGUAUGCAACUCUGCCCAUGGUCCAACGGAGUGGAAGAUAUCUUCUAAUCUCAAACGAUAUCCGGAAGUUUGCACCCUGGCCUUACGUCGCUUUAAGGCAAUGCAGCGCGGAGUGGUUCUCAAACCUUGCGAGGACAUACCCCUGUCUUGA